AUGAGAAACUACACAGAAAUAACAGAAUUUAUCCUCCUGGGUCUGUCAGACGACCCACAACUCCAGGUCGUGAUCUUUGUCUUUCUGCUCAUCACCUACAUGCUCAGCAUCACUGGGAACUUGACCAUUAUCACCCUGACCCUGCUGGAUAUCCACCUCAAGACCCCCAUGUAUUUCUACCUCAAGAGUUUCUCCAUAAUGGAAGUUUCAUUCACAACUGUCACUAUUCCCAAAUUCUUAUACAGCUUGUCAACUGGGGACAGGACUAUUUCUUAUAAUGCUUGUUUUAGUCAAAUAUUUUUUAUCUUCAUUUUUGCAGCAACAGAGUUUUUUCUCCUAGCCAUCAUGUCCUAUGACCGCUAUGUGGCCAUCUGCAAACCUUUACAUUAUGCCAUCAUCAUGAACAGUAGAGUCUGUGGAAGACUUGUUAUUUGCUGUUGGAUAGCAGGUUGUCUGGUCAUAUUUCCACCAGCUUCCCUGGGCUUACAGCUGGAAUUCUGUGACUCUAAUAUCAUUGAUCAUUUUCUCUGUGAUGCUUUUCCUGUGCUAAAAAUCUCUUGUUCAGACACAUGGUUCUUAGAACAGAUGGUUUUUACUGUUGCUGUGUUGACUGUCAUUGGGACAUUUCUGUGUGUAGCUCUGUCCUAUACAUACAUCAUCAAGACCAUCAUAAAGUUGCCUUCGGCUCAGCAAAAAAUGAAGGCCUUUUCUACCUGUUCUUCUCACCUGAUUGUGGUUUCUAUCACCUAUGGAAGCUGUAUCUUCAUCUACGUCAAACCUUCAGCAAAGGAUGAAGUGGCAAUUAACAAAGGAGUGUUAGUGCUCACGACUUCAGUUGCUCCCAUGUUAAACCCAUUUAUUUAUAGCUUGAGGAACAAACAAGUGAAACAAGCUUUUACAGACUUAAUCAAAAGACUUUCAUUGAUUUCAAGGAAGUAA